AUGCAAACUACUUUAGUGGUUCUCGGGUUUUUCGCUAUUCUGGCUGUCACUGAUGCUUGUUUCGCAUCGGGUAUCUGUGGUGGAGGAUGUGCUCCACCACCACCUCCAGUAUGCUCCGGUGGAUGUGGAGGAGGAUAUUCUUGUGGAAGAUAUGGAUGCUUCAGUGCAAAGGCAAGAGGUUCUAAGACUCUUUCUUUCAAGGCUGAGCGCACCAUGAGCCCAGACGAGAAAUUCAUGAGAUGCUGUGAAGAGAGAAACCUUCCAGAUGCCUGUCUCUCAAAAUGCUCCUUCCGUACCUAUACCAAGACUGCUCUCCAAGCUAUGUACUUCAAACAGGACUACUGUCCAAUGCAAGCCGCUGCUGACAUCCAAUACUGUGCUGCUCAAGGACAAGACCAUACCGAUUGCUGUGUCAGAAAUGCAGUUGGAACAACUCUGGCUGGAAACAAGUGCUUCACAUUCUGCGACCAACGUCCUGGAAACGUCACCCAACUCGAUUUGUCCUACUUGGCUUGCUACGACAGAUUCGAGAACAUGAAGGCUUGCUUCUGGCAGAAGCUCAAUGAACAAUCGACUCCAGAAUUCUCGUCUAACAUCGAUGGAGAGUCUGAGUUCUCCGAACAAGGACCAGCGAGACACUUUGCUUUGACCUCUUCUCGCACCUUCCAAGCCAAGACAUUUGGUCAAUAA